CCCGGCGCGGGCGGGCGGGCGGGCGGCAGGAGGCGGCAUGGAGGGCGGCGGCCCCCCUAGCCCGGCCGACGGCCCGUUCGCCUGCCCCAUCUGCCUGGAGGCGCUGCGGGACCCGGUGACGCUGCCGUGCGGACACAACUUCUGCCUGCGCUGCCUGGGCGCGCACCGCGACGGGCCGGCGCCGGGCGCCCCGCGCUGCCCGCUCUGCCAGGAGCCCUUCCCGGCCGGGCUGCGGCUCCGCAAGAACCACGCGCUGAGCGAGCUGCUGCAGCUGCGCCGCCCCAUGGCGCCGGGGCCCGAGCCCGAGGCGGAGCCCGAGCCCGAGCCCGGGGCCGGGGCCGGGGCGCAGGCGGACGCCGAGGGCCCGGUGCUGUGCGACGUGUGCCCGGCGGGGCAGGCGGCGGCGGCGGCGCGGUCGUGCCUGGUGUGCCUGGCCUCCUUCUGCGCCGAGCACCUGCAGCCGCACCGCGCCAGCGCCGCCUUCCGCGCGCACCGCCUCGCGCCGCCGCUGCGCCGCCUCGAGGAGCGGCUCUGCCGCCGCCACCUGCGGCCCCUCGACGCCUACUGCCGCGCCUGCCCCGCCUGCGUCUGCCCGCUCUGCCGCGCCCAGGACCACCGCGCCCACGACGUCGUGCCCCUCGAGCAGGAGCGCGACCUCCAGGAGGCCCAGCGACCAAAAAUCCUGAGCGAUGUAGAGAAUCAGCUGGAUGAGCUGGGAGUCGUCAUUGCACAGGCUAGGAAGACUGUGGAACUCAUCAAGAGCACUGCCUUGAAGGAGAAGGACAUAGUUAGCAAGCUCUUUGCUGUGGCAACCAGAGCUCUGGAGACCUUCCAGAAAGAGGUGGCUACCUUCAUUGAGGAUGAUGAGCAAUCCAUGUUGACUGAGGCUGAAGAGUACCUCCGACAGAAGGAGGAGAGACGUGCCAAGCUAUCCCAAUGCAAGCAGAACCUGGAGCAAGUUUCCAGCACGGAUGCCCUUUGCUUCUUACAGGAGUUCCAGGCGUUAAAAAUAGCAGCCGAGGAAAAUAAUUCCCCAGGUCCGAGCUUCCAGAAGGAGCUGAGCUUCACUAAGUCCAGCCAGGUCGUGUGCGCCGUGAAGGAGCUGCUCGUGACGGCCUGCAAGAGCCAGUGGGACCAGCUGCUGGGGAAAGGGGCUGACGGGGCUGGUUUCCACGACAUGCAAGAAGUAAUUGCUGAGCCCCAACUCUCAGAUAAACCGAGCAAUCCAGCCUGUUCAGAAACACGAGACUAUUUCCUGAAAUUUGCCUUCAUCAUUGAUUUGGACAGCGACACUGCAGACAAGUUCAUCCAGCUCUUUGGAACCAAAGGGGCCAAACGCGUGCUCAAUCCCAUUGCCUACCCUGAGAGCUCAACCAGAUUCAUCAACUGCGAGCAGGUGCUGGGCGAAAACAUGAUGAACCGGGGCAACUACUACUGGGAGGUGGAAAUCAUCGAUGGCUGGGUGAGCAUCGGGGUCAUUACCGAUGACUUCAAUUCGCGGGAGUCCUAUGACAGAGGUCGUCUCGGGAGGAACGAGAAGUCCUGCUGCCUACAGUGGAACGGACAGAACUACGUGGCCUGGUUCGGUGGCUUUGAAUCUGUCAUCCAGCAGCCAUUCUUCCACACCAUCGGGGUGUACCUAGAAUACUCCGAGAAGGCCCUGACAUUCUUCGGGGUCAAGGAUUCCAAGAUGACGUGUCUCCAGCAGCUCAAGGUCUCCCGCUUUAAGAAGGGCAUGUUUGACCCAUUCCAGAACAAGAUCAAUCACCAGUUCCCAUCCCUGUUCGCAUAUAACCUCAAACCAGCCUUUUUCCUUGAAAGCGUAGAUGCCCACCUGCAGCUUGGGCCGCUGAAGAGGGACUGUGUGUCGGUGCUAAAGCGGAGGUAACUUGCAGGGUAUUUGGCACAAAGGAGACCCAAAAUGCAUCUUUCUUGUGAUAGUUUGCUGUAGCUGUCAUUUGCACUUGAUAGCCUUCUCUAGCUGUGACAACUCCGCCUCUCCAGCCUGUGCUUUUGGUCACCCAGGGAAUUAAGGAAUAGAAGAAGCUUCCUGGUAGGUAGAAGCCCUGGACUGGAACUCAGAAGAACCUGGGUUCUAUUCCUGGUGCAGUCAUCUGGCCUGCGUGGUGACCCUAGGCAAGUCAUAGCACUUCUCUGUGCCUUAGGUUUCCCAUCUGUAAAAUGGGGGCCAGGAUUCCAACUUCCUCAGUAAAGCGCUGUUCACGAAGUGUGCUAGUACAAGCUAAAUAUUGUGUGUGGGGUGGGGGGAGGUGUAAACUGGGCAUUUUUUAAGAUGGGGCAUCUUACCAGCUCCUCAUGUGUGGCCUGGAGGAGAUAAUCUUACUGACCACUUGUACCAUUGUUACUCUGCAGUGUGCCUUAUUGAGCACGAUCAGGGAGGAUGAUUCAAAAUGGACUUUCUGGAGGAAAGCUGCCUAGAUGGCACAGUGUUAUACAAACACAGUACUUUAUACAGCAGCACUAUAAUCUUCCCCAACACUGUUACCACUGUGCCUCACUCAGCCUUAUCACAGAAGGCCCACAUCUGAGCAUAAAAGCAAGCAAACAAAUGUGAUCUCAUGAGACACGGCAGGAAGCCCCCAUUCCUACGCUGAUGAGGUCACAUCUAGAGGGCUCCAUUGUGUCCAAGCCAGAAAGAUAAAAUAUCAUCCCCUAGCGAGAAGAUGCUGCUGGUACCCUUGCCUGGAGAUACUAAAACAGCAACAGUGUUCGUAGAAGUGGUUUUGCCAUUUCAUUUUUAAUAGCGACAUUAUUAGGUGACCCUAGAAACGAUUUAUUUAGCUGAUUGAAACUUUUAAAUUCAUCUCUGCAGGAUUUUUAUUAUAUUUUAUGUUACAACUCUUCUUUGUUUGGAACUUUAGCACAUUAAAAUCUCAAGCUCCUAAAAGAAACCAAUCAUACCUUAAUGAUAGUCGUACUUCCUGAGGUAGUUUAUACAGGGUUAAUAAACAAGUAAUCAUAGAAUCAGAGGGUAGGAAGGGAUCUCAGAGGUCACCUAGUCCAGCAUCCUGCACAGAUGUUUAUCCCUAAAUUAAUUGUCAAUGUGUGUCCAAAAAUGUAAGUAGUACAUGUCGCACGGUUUCUGGUACAUCAGGAGAAGGUGUUAAAGCUGUCAGCCAUGGCAAAAUGCAACCCAUUGACAUGUUUGCCUCUCACAACCUAUGACACUCCCCUUGUACUCAGCCUUGGUGAGGCCACAGCUGGAGUACUGCAUCCAGUUUUGGGCUCCACAAUUCAAAAAGGAUGUGGAGAAGCUUGAGAAGGUGCAGAGAAGAGCCACGCGCAUGAUCAGAGGUCAGGAAAACAGACUUUAUGAUGAGAGGCUGAGAGCCAUGGGACUCUUCAGCCUGGAAAAGUGCAGGCUCAGGGGUGAUCUGGUGGCCACCUAUAAGUUUAUCACGGGUGCUCACCAGGAUCUGGGGGAACGUCUGUUCACCAGAGCGCCCCAAGGGAUGACAAAGUCGAAUGGUCACAAACUCCUCCAUGACCAUUUCAGGCUGGACGUAAGGAAGAACUUCUUUAUUGUCCGAGCCCCCAAGGCCUGGAAUAGACUGCCCCCGAAGGUGGUUCAAGCGCCUACCUUGAACACCUUCAGGAGACAUUUGGAUGUUUUUCUUGCUGGGAUCUUAUGACCCUGAUGACUUCCUGCCCCUGGGCAGGGGGCUGGUCCCUUCCAGCUCUAGUGUCUAUGAAUCUAUGACAGUUAAUUAGCCCUUUAUUAAUAUUUUUUUCACCAAUAUACCUUGAAUAGAAAUCGUGAAUAAAUAUCCUUUCUGGAAAUGGUGGAAAGGGAAGUAGAAUUUUCAGGAUAUUAGACAAGAUUUCCUAAGACAUUUUUCUCACACCUCCCCUAUGAACACAACGGAUGCAAUGCAUUACUGCCUGUUACAUCAACGUACUGUAGUAAUUCCAUCUCCUCCCUGUCUCUAUUACAUGCAUUUCUAUAAGUUUAUUUUUUCUAGUACUAGUUUAUUACCUACCUCUUACAGCUUUCUGCAUACUAUAUUGUGUACUGUAUGCAUAGAGAAAAAACACAUAGGGUCAAAAUCAACCCUGGUGCAAGCGAGUCAAAUUUUAUCCACUUACAAUGGGGAUUAUAUAUGUCUCAUAUAUUCUCAAGAUAAGUUACCUGGCGUUAGGAUGGUAAAUGUGUUGCAAUACAGGUUUUCCCCGCCAACCACGGUUUUGAGUAUCCACACUUAAUAUUCUAUAAACCAUUUUGGCUACCACGUUUUACAGUUUUGUGUAACCACGGUUUUCCGUGGCCACGCAUCAGCUCGCCACCUGCCAUUUUUCCCAUAAGCCUUUUGUCUUGCCAACCACAGUUUUGUCAACCACGGGAACUUUCAGGAACCUAACCCCAGCGGUUGGCAAGGGAAACCUGUAUGUUCAAGGAAAAGCCCUUAGAAUACAGUGGUUCUUAACCAUUUUAGGCUUAGAACGCAUCCUUUCUUAGACUCAAGACACCCCUCAGAAAAUGCCAGCUCUUAGUUUUCACUUGUUUUUUGACUACAGAAAAAUAUUUGUCUUGUUAUUGCAAAGAACUCAGGAAGCCCACAGUAGGUCAGAAUGUUUUAGUGCUAUGGAUUCCUAUUUGAAAUCUCUGGGUUUAUAUUGUGAAUCCUGUUUGCACACCUAAUAGUACUAAUAUUGCAUGACAUCCUGUGGCAGCCUUGAAGGGAUCUCAAGGCCAUGGACCCCUGGUUGAGAAUCACUGACUUAAUCCUUAAUAGAAUUCUGCGAUUAAAAGCAGCCGCAAAUCAAGAUACUCAGUGAAAACGGCACUUACGCCCCCAAAUACCGAAGUAUGAUGAGCCAACCUGCUGCAAGUAGUCAAAGGUGCACUAAAUCUUCUCCAGGUCAGAACUUCUUUACAUGAUGGCUCUUGAAAUAAUAGGAGCAAUAAAAAAAAAGUAUUAGGAAAGUCUCCAAGUAUGUUGGUGAAAUGUUGGACCUGUUAAAAGUUCAUGGAAGUUUUGGCACCGGACUUGACAGAAACAGGAUUUCGCUGCUCAUGUUUUGAAUCUUCCCAGAAUAGCUUGUUGGAUUUAUGUCUAGCUUUUCCUGAAAUCUCUGCCUUAGCGUGAGACAUCUAUGACACAUCAUGGAAAUUGUUUUAGUUUUUAUGAAGUUGGAGGCGGUCAGUAUUAAAAAAUUGACGUACAAGCAAAAAACACUAGAAUCAGCCUGAACUAUGGAGAAGCCAUAGUCCAUAAUGUAGUGAGAGAAAUAGGAGGUUAACCAUCUCUCUGCAUCACUGCUUAAUACUUUCAGUAAAGAGUAGAGGAUAUUUUCAUAAUGUCUUCAAUGGGCCAACAUCUCUCCCUCAUCUUGGGCUGAACAAUGAUUCUUCCACACACAGCAUUCCCCUCAGCUUCAAAUGAACCCUUGCCUUGUGUGAGAACCACAGAGCAUGCCCCCUGUCCUAUUUCAGAUGAAAGGAGUUGUUUGUAUUCCUUCCAAGGAUGAAUGUUGGGCAGAUGGUGCAUUGGACACAUGUGGGCACUCUCUUUAUCCCAGUUGUCUGUAGUAAAGCUCUCACUGCCUCUGGCCCUCCUCCAGUAUAUUCAUCAAGUAAAGGUGACCCUGAGUUUUUUGUUUUUCUCGUGUAUACCUGAAUAAGUGUCUCCCUACCCCAUGCUUCAACAGUGCAUGAAGUGGCAAACCUUGGGAGGUGACAGUGUCUACCAGGUAGCAGAUGAGUUACAACUGGAUUCUCUUCCUGGAUAUACUGACUUGUUGAAUGCCCUUGGGUGAGUCUCCGUGCCUCUGUUUCUUCUGUGGUGUUAUUAGUACGCAACUGUGAAAAGGGCUUUCAAGCUAACAUUAAAUGUCACUAUAAAUGGAGGUUGUUGUUAUAUACUAUAUUACUCUCCCUGUUGGCAGGGGACAAGACCCUUUCUGAGAUUACAGAUCCAUUCCCUAAGCUGCCAAACAGGUAAUGCGAAGUGCAAUGCAGGCCAGGAGCUAAGGGGCUGGGGCCCCAAUUCAGCUCUGAGUUAAGCAAUUGAAGCCUUAUUGUGGCACUUACUCCAUCCCUGCCUUUGAACCCUCUAUCCCUGACUCUGCUUGGCUGGAGAGAGACUCCCAAAAUCAUCCAUGCAACCAGUGUCCUUAGCAGCGAGUAACACUGUCCACAGAGCCACAGUAGGGUUUUGUGUGCAUGGUGACACAGUAGGGCUGUUAGUCUUUAACAAAAGGUAAUAGAAUAAAUUAAUUCACUUUAUUGCAGCUAUAACAAAUGCUGCUUUUUGAGGAAGAAAGCUGUUCUUUCAGUCCAUUUGGAAGUGAUAUAAAUCCUCAUGUUUUGGGGCAUAAAGCGACCUGUACCUGAGGGGCAUUAAGAAGAAACUUCUUGUGGGCAGAUCAUUAAGCAUUACUUUCUGAAGCAUCUGGUCAUCUUCAGAGGCAGGGUACUGAAAUCCCUAUAUUUCCAACCUCCCCCCCCCCCCAAAAAAAGAAAAGCUUUGGGUGUAAAACUGGAAUAAUCUGGAAAUUCGCAUUGAACCAAGCCUGGAUCUAAGCUCUGCUUUUCUCUGAGCAAAAAAGGGCAAAUGCAGCAAGUGACUCUUCAGAUAAAUAGCAUUGUGCAAUUCUGAGCAUAUUUCUCUUGAUCUAUUUUUGCCUUUACAUAGUGAUCAUUUCUUUACCUAGGAUUUUCCAAGUAUACAAUUACUGUGCAUAGAGUUUUCCAGUGUGUGAGGAAACUGUAACAGAAUAAUAUAAUGAUAUUAAAGAAUGUUAACUGCCAUUAAACAAUAUACAGACACCAGAAUGGGUUGGCUCUCCUUAUGAAUCAAAAUGAGUGAAUUGCUUGAUUGCCUUUUCUCGGUGUUUAUUUUUCAGUCUUUAGUACUUCUGGCUAAGGUAAAGGAGCUUUGUCUUCUAAGUAUAUCUAAUGGAGUCAAGGAAAAUACCCGUCUUCCCCAUCUAUUUGCAUUAGCAACAGAAGAAUUGUGAGUGAACAUAUUAACACUACUACCCACGUCCAUUCAGGUCUCCAAAAAUCACAAAUUUAACUAAAAAAAAAUUAUUAAACUUUCUCAAAAAUUGA